AUGUGCAAGAUGCUGUGGCUACUGGUAGCUUUCCAGGUCCUGCUGUUGCUGGAGACAGUGCUGUGGAGCACAGCCACAAAGAUGUGCCCUUCAUCAGAGUGUGAGUGCUCAGACUGGGACCACUACAAAAUCACCUGCAAGGAGACACAUCUCAUUCCCAGCUUUCCACAGGACACCAAAACCCUGAGGUUUAUGGAGACUCAUCUGAGAACAAUUCCAAGUGGAGCAUUUUCUAAUCUCCCCAACAUCUCCAGGAUCUAUAUCUCCAUAGAUGCUACGUUACAAAGGCUGGAGGCCCAUUCCUUCUACAAUUUAAGUAAAGUCACUCAUAUAGAAAUUCGCAAUGCUAGAAAUCUACAUUACAUAGAUCCAGAUGCCUUUAAGAUCCUCCCACUGUUAAAAUACCUUGGAAUUUUCAACACUGGAAUUACGAUAUUUCCUGACCUCACCAAAAUCUAUUCAGCUGAUGUGAACUUUUUACUUGAAAUUGCAGAUAAUCCUUACGUGACUUCAGUGCCUGCAAAUGCGUUCCAUGGGCUGUGUAAUGAAUCCCUUACACUCAAACUCUACAAUAAUGGCUUCACUAGGGUCCAAGGCCACGCUUUCAACGGGACGAAGCUGGAUGCUGUCUACCUGCACAAGAACAAAUACCUGAAAGUUAUUGAAGAAGAUGCAUUUUUGGGAGUGCACAGUGGACCAACCCUGCUUGAUGUCUCCCGGACCAGUGUUGCUACCCUUCCAACAAAAGGACUGGAAAACCUUAAAGAACUGAUGGCUAAAAAUACAUGGACACUGAAGAAACUACCUCCUGUAAAGACUUUUCUUCAUCUAAUGCGAGCUGACCUGUCCUAUCCAAGCCACUGCUGUGCUUUCAAGAACUGGAAGAAAACCAAAGGAAUUCUGGAAUACAUGAUGUGUAACCAGACCAGCAGUCACAGCUUUCGUAAGAAAAGAUCCGUCAGUACCUUCAAUGGCCCUUUUUACCAAGAUUAUGCAGAAGAGGAUGCAGAUCGCACUGACACAGUGUAUGGUGAAAACUCCAAAUUCAGGGAUUUUCAUGGCAACUCCCACUAUUACGUUUUUUUUGAAGAGCAGGGGGAUGGAGAUGUUGGGUUUGGCCAAGAGCUCAAGAACCCUCAAGAGGACAAUAUCCAGGGGUUUGACAGCCAUUAUGACUAUACUGUCUGUGGUGGCAGUGAAGACAUUGUGUGCACUCCAGAGCCUGAUGAGUUUAAUCCCUGCGAAGACAUAAUGGGCUAUAAAUUUCUAAGGAUUGUGGUGUGGUUUGUGAACCUGCUGGCUAUCCUGGGUAACAUUUUUGUCCUCUUCAUCCUUCUCACCAGCCAUUACAAGUUGACUGUCCCACGGUUUCUGAUGUGCAACCUGGCUUUUGCUGAUUUCUGCAUGGGACUGUACCUUCUCCUGAUUGCUUCGGUGGAUCUCUACACUAGGUCAGAAUACUACAACCAUGCCAUAGACUGGCAGACUGGGCCUGGCUGCAACACAGCUGGCUUUUUCACUGUCUUUGCCAGUGAGCUUUCUGUAUAUACACUGACUGUGAUCACCCUGGAGCGCUGGUAUGCCAUCACCUUUGCUAUGCGCCUGGACAGGAAGCUUCGCCUUCGGCAUGCUUUGGUCAUCAUGCUGGGUGGUUGGCUCUCAUGCUUUCUUCUCGCCCUCUUGCCACUGGUUGGAGUCAGCAGCUACAUCAAAGUCAGUAUCUGCCUGCCCAUGGAUACCGAAACACCGUUGGCUCAAGCCUACAUUGUCUUUGUUUUAAUGCUGAACAUCAUUGCCUUUAUCAUCAUCUGUGCUUGCUACAUAAAAAUCUAUAUAACUGUGCGAAACCCUGAGUACAAGUCUGGAGACAAAGACACCAAAAUUGCUAAAAGGAUGGCUGUGUUGAUUUUCACUGACUUCCUAUGCAUGGCACCUAUCUCAUUCUAUGCUUUGUCUGCCAUUAUGAACAAGCCCUUGAUAACAGUCAGUAAUUCCAAGAUCCUGCUAGUGCUGUUCUACCCACUCAAUUCUUGUGCCAACCCAUUCCUCUAUGCUAUUUUCACCAAGGCUUUCCGAAGGGAUGUCUUCAUCCUGCUCAGCAAAUUUGGCGUAUGUGAGCAUCAGGCUCAAAUCUACCGUGGCCAGACAGUCUCAGCCAAAAACAGCAGUGGUUCUUAUGGCCAGAAAGGUAGCCGAGGGACAGGUCAGGACUACCAUGACCCACAAGAUGACUAUCACCCUGCAAUUGCGAUGCAAGAGCAAAUUGUUGUGGAAGACUGUACGCUGACUGUGUUAUAGCACCUGAAAGCAUUACAACUGCAGUGCGAUCAAUCAGAUGGUAAUUUAGUGAUCCAAAAAAAAAAAUUCAGUGAUAAGAUACAAUUUUUCCUAGUUGUUUUUUGAGGAACAUCUGUAGUGAUUUUUCUUUUGAGGGAGCCAUUCACUUGAAUCUCCAAUCUUAUACCACUGGCAGUGUAAGAGAGAAGGUGCCAGUUAUGAUGACAAUACUGGAAGCAUAUAUGAAAACUCAGUAUAAAUCAGAAAGUGAACAUAUAUAUAUGAAAUUUUAAACAUGCAUUCUUCUCUAAUUGUCUAAAGGGAA